AUGUCUACGGCUACCCCUCUACUGGCGGGGUUCUCAUCAAAGAGACUGCUGACCUUCUCGACAUGCUUUUCCUAUCGGUCCCCCGCUCCUAUGCAUAGCAGCGCUCACCUAGUGCCGACGAAGAAGACAGAUUCUGUAAUCUCAUGCGACGCACUGGUGCGAAGUUUUAGCCGAGUAAGGAGGAGUAGAUCGAUGUGA